UUUGCUGCAACCUUUCAUCCUCGUGGGUUCUCUGAGUUCACUGGCUUUUCUUGUUCUGCAAUUCUGUUGAUUACUCUUUUCUUUGUUCUGUCUUUUUUAGAAUCACAUAUUUCAGAACAGAAUUAAGUUUGUUAAGUUUUUCCUUUCUAGUGGGCAUUUGAUUUUGAUCUGAUUUUCAAAGAUUUGGCCUCCAAAAUCAGAAGCACUGCUUCAUACAACGGAAGUUUUGGGUUCCUUUUAUUGAACACAGAACCAAGUUUGCUUUGGCUUUGUAUCUUGAGUUCUCCUGAUUUGUCAAAUCUUUGUUGUUCCCCUAUUUUUCUUUUUUCUCAUGGCACCCCCUAAUGAUCCUGUUAAGUCAAUUUUCAGUGUUAUUGGGUCUGAGAGUCCUGUCCAAUACUUUGAUUUGUCGAAUGGUAAGUUCAGUAUUAAAGGUGUACCAUUGCUCUCUGAAGUUCCCAGCAAUGUCACUUUCAGUUCCUUUUCAUCUAUAUCUCAAUCCUCUAAUGCUCCACUUCACCUGCUCCAGCGUGUCCAGUCCAUGUCUUAUAAGGGUGGGUUUUUCGGGUUCGCUAAAGAGGAGCCUUCUGAUAGGUUGAAGAACUCCUUGGGCAAGUUCAGUAAUAGGAAUUUUCUUAGCAUCUUUAGGUUCAAGACAUGGUGGUCUACCAUGUGGGUGGGGAGUUCUGGCUCAGAUUUGCAACUGGAAACUCAAUGGGUUCUCUUAGAUGUUCCUGAAAUAAGGUCAUAUGUCCUCAUUUUACCCUUGAUUGAGGGGAGUUUUAGGUCUGCUCUUCAGCCUGGUGUUGAUGGGCACACCAUGAUUUAUGCAGAGAGCGGUUCUACUCAAGUGAAGGCAUCAUCUUUUGAUGCCAUCGCUUAUGUUCAUGUGUCUGAAAAUCCCUACGACUUGAUGAAAGAGGCUUAUAGUGCUGCUAGGGUCCAUCUCAAUACCUUUCGGCUCUUGGAAGAGAAAGCAGUUCCACCACUGGUAAACAAGUUCGGUUGGUGCACCUGGGAUGCAUUCUACUUAACUGUGGAUCCUAUCGGCGUAUGGCAUGGGGUGAAUGAAUUUGCUGAAGGUGGUGUUUCGCCAAGGUUUCUCAUUAUUGAUGAUGGCUGGCAAAGUAUCAACAAAGAUGGCGACAACCCGAAUGAGGAUGCAAAAAAUCUUGUUUUGGGUGGGACUCAAAUGACUGCCAGGCUCUACCGGUUUGAUGAAUGUGAGAAGUUCAGAAGGUACCAGGGUGGGUUGAUGUUGGGUCCUAAGGCUCCUUCUUUUGAUCCAAAGAGGCCAAAGAUCCUGAUUGCAAAGGCGAUUGAGGUUGAGCAUGCUGAGAAGGCUCGUGAUAAAGCAAUCAAUUCUGGGGUCACUGAUCUGUCUCCAUUUGAUUUGAAAAUUGAGAAGCUGAAGAAAGAGUUGAAUGAGAUGUUCGGUGGGGAAGAAAAUAGCACUUCAAGUGAGAGUUGUAGAAGCUGUUGUAGCAAGGUUGAGAACAAUGGAAUGAAAGCUUUUACUAGGGAUUUGAGAACUAAAUUUAAAGGUUUGGAUGAUAUAUACGUCUGGCAUGCCUUAUGUGGUGCUUGGGGCGGUGUUAGGCCGGACUCUACUCAUCUCAAUUCCAAGGUAGUUCCUGUUAGAGUCUCUCCUGGACUUGAUGGGACAAUGAAUGACCUUGCGGUGGUGAAAAUUGUUGAAGGUGGAAUUGGGCUUGCUCAUCCUGAUCAAGCUGAUGAUUUCUAUGAUUCAAUGCACUCCCACCUUAACAAGGUCGGGAUUACAGGAGUUAAAGUGGAUGUCAUUCAUACACUUGAAUAUGUGUGUGAGGAGUACGGAGGACGGGUCGAGCUUGGAAAGGCUUAUUACAAGGGGCUGAGUAAUUCCAUUUCCAAGAACUUCAAUGGAACUGGGAUCAUAGCUAGCAUGCAACAAUGCAAUGACUUUUUCUUCCUAGGGACACAGCAGAUAUCUUUCGGAAGAGUAGGUGAUGACUUUUGGUUUCAAGACCCAAACGGGGAUCCAAUGGGGGUCUAUUGGUUACAAGGAGUUCAUAUGAUCCACUGUGCCUACAACAGCAUGUGGAUGGGUCAGAUCAUACAGCCAGAUUGGGAUAUGUUCCAAUCUGACCACCUUUGUGCUAAGUUCCAUGCUGGAUCAAGGGCCAUAUGUGGAGGCCCUGUCUACGUGAGUGACUCAGUUGGUGGCCAUGAUUUCGAUCUUAUAAAGAAGCUUGUGUUCCCUGAUGGUACCAUUCCCAAGUGCCUGCAUUUCGCUCUCCCAACAAGAGAUUGCCUUUUCAAGAACCCUCUCUUCGACAGUAAAACCAUUCUCAAGAUUUGGAACUUGAAUAAGUAUGGUGGUGUGAUAGGAGCUUUUAACUGUCAAGGAGCCGGGUGGGACCCCAAAGAGCAAAGGAUCAAGGGCUACUCAGAGUGCUACAAGCCAAUGUCUGGUUCAGUUCAUGUUACUGACAUCGAAUGGGACCAAAAGAUAGAAGCAACAGGGAUGGGUGAAGCCGAAGAAUUUGCUGUCUAUCUUGACCAGGCUGAGGAACUAUUCCUAGUGACCCCUAGAUCAGAUCCCGUUCAGAUCACCAUCCAACCAUCUACAUUUGAGAUAUUCAGCUACGUGCCAAUCAAAAAGCUUGGCCCGACAGCCAAGUUUGCGCCCAUUGGACUUACAAACAUGUUCAAUAGUGGAGGGACCUUGCAAGAACUGGAGUAUGAUAAGUCAGGAGCUGAGACUGGUGUUAAAAUCAAAGUUAAAGGAGGGGGGAAUUUCUUAGCCUAUUCAAGUGAGAAACCAAAGAAGUGUUAUUUGAAUGGCACUGAAGUGGACUUUGAGUGGGGGGUUGAUGGCAAACUCACUUUAAGUCUCCCUUGGAUUGAAGAAGCUGGUGGCCUUUCUGAUGUGGAUUUUCUCUUUUGAGUUUGAUUCUAUUUAGGUUAGACUAAUUGAUUACCCAGAAAAUCAGUAAUUUUAGUUUUCUCAAUGCUUGGAUUUGGUUGUGGGUUUGUCAGGUUCCGUGUUCACUGCUAAUCAACUUGUAAAAGAUGCAUUCUCAUCCUUCUCCCUCAAGUAUGUCAGGAUUUAAUUCCUGAGUUAAUGUAUUUCUGCUUGAAACUUAAAUGAUAUGUUAUUGGAGAUUAGCUUUUUCAUC